AUGCCUACCCUGGGCUUCCUCAAGAAGAAGCGGACGAAGGACUCGAACGGCUCCAAGGACCUCGACUCGCCGACUUCGCCCAUCAAGGACGCCUCGGCCAUCACCUCGCCCGUCACCCCCACCGGCUCGCGCAAGUCGGGCUCCUUCCACCUGCACAAGACCAGGACCAGCGACUCGGCCAGCGCCCACAGCCAUCACCACCUCGCCGCCGACGCCAGCGCCGCCAACACAAACACCUCCGCCUCGUCCACUCCCCCGGCCUCGGCCGUCGCGCCUGCCGCCUCCCCCACCCCAGCCGACUCAAUGAACUCCGCCCACGCGCAACAGCAGCAGCAGCAGCAACCGCAGUACGCGGCCAACCCCCAAUCCGCCCCCCACCCGCCCUCGCGCAACACGCCCAGCAUACAGAACCUGAUACACCCCAACAACACGUCGUCGCACCAGUCGUCCGCUAAGAAUGGCGCCGUCCACUUCCAGACGCAGCCCCUCAACCAGGCCCGCGUCACAAAGGGCAAGUACUCGCUGACCGACUUCACCAUCCAGCGCACCCUCGGCACGGGCAGCUUCGGCCGCGUCCAUCUCGUCCAGUCCAAGCACAACCAGCGCUUCUAUGCCGUCAAGGUGCUCAAAAAGGCCCAGGUCGUCAAGAUGAAGCAGGUCGAGCACACCAACGACGAGCGCCGCAUGCUGCAGCAGGUCAAGCAUCCCUUCUUGAUUACCCUGUGGGGCACCUUUCAAGACUCCAAAAACCUCUACAUGGUCAUGGACUUUGUCGAGGGCGGCGAGCUCUUCAGCCUGCUGCGAAAGUCGCAGCGCUUCCCCAACCCAGUCGCAAAGUUCUACGCCGCCGAAGUCACGCUCGCGCUCGACUACCUGCACUCGCACAACAUCAUCUACCGCGACCUGAAGCCCGAGAAUCUGCUGCUCGACCGCCAUGGACACCUGAAAAUUACGGAUUUUGGUUUUGCCAAGGAGGUGCCCGACAUUACAUGGACGCUGUGUGGUACACCCGACUACUUGGCGCCCGAGGUGGUCGCAUCCAAGGGCUACAACAAGUCUGUUGACUGGUGGUCGCUCGGUAUCCUCAUCUUUGAAAUGUUGUGCGGAUUCACGCCCUUCUGGGACGGCGGCUCGCCCAUGAAAAUCUACGAAAACAUCCUCAAGUCGAGAGUCAAGUACCCGCCUUACAUCCACCCCGACGCGCACGACCUGUUGCAGAAGCUUAUCACGCCUGAUCUCACCAAGCGCUUGGGCAACUUGCACGGCGGCAGCAAAGACGUCAUGAACCACCCUUGGUUCGCCGAAGUCACUUGGGACCGGUUACAAAAGAAGGACAUUGAUGCUCCCUACGUUCCACCUGUGCGCGCGGGCGUCGGCGACGCUAGUCAAUUCGAUAAGUAUCCGGAAGAGACGGAGGCAUACGGUCAAGCAGGGGACGACCCGUGCGUGCAGAGUCCUCCUUACACUGUAGAUCAUAUUCUGACAUGUCCGAAUAGCCACGGACACCUGUUUCCCGACUUCUGA